UUUGUGGUAGUGCUAAAUUUUCUCUCUCGUAGGUUGUUUUCCUGAUUGACACAUUCAUGUCAGCUCUUUACACCCAUGUCACCAACACAAUCAGCUGGAAGAUUGAAUCUCAUUCUGUGGUCGUAUUUCUUGAAAAUAGAAUCCUGGUGUUGGAGCCUGGCGUUGCUGCAGCGUGUUACUGGUUAAUCCUCGACAUUGUGAAAUAUUCUUCCGGCGUCUUCAGCUCAACUCCCGUUACCUCCGGAUCAUGGCCACUGCUCCUGCUGUCGGAUGAUGUCUAUGCGGAAAUUGAUCCUGACACAACACACCGCAGCUGCCUUUGUUCAGGUUUUCCGAAUUCCGGUUGGGCUUUUCAAUAUUGCCGGUCUGGACAUGUCUGGAAAACGACAGGGCGCCCAUAG